ACCUCUGCUAGCCAGCCUAGACACCCCCUGUCUUCACCUCCGACAUCUCUUGCACCUAGUAGUUCUCCUAUCAAGGGAACCUUCUCUCCUGUCACCAUGUCAGUGCUGAAGAAUCCGUCGAGCCCAAAUAUCACCGACAAUGGUCAUCAUGCCCUCGAUGAGGGUAGCCCCAUAUUCACCACGGAAGGUCCUGCUUGUCGUGACCGUCGUAAGCGUUCUCACAUCCAGUACACCGUAUCUCAAGUUGGAGACCAUGACGAGGAUCUAGAAAUGCCUUCAAAGAGAUUAAGGACCUUACAAACAACGUGGAACUGCUCUGGGCUUCCCUCCGAAACUUCAGCCUAUUUUAACGAGCGUAUGCUUCAGCUUUCUCAAAUCUCUCAUCAGGCUAUCUCUGCAAGAAUGCGAUACCAACGUGUUCGCAUCCACGAACUUGACAUGAUAAGGUCCAUCCUCAAUGACGAAAAUGAGCUGGCUCAAAAACAGAUGAAAAUGAUCGAAUCGCAAAUAGCCCAUCUUCGUAACGCAUUGGAGGCUGAUGGAGUGACAGGGAUAGGGAACAGGUUCGACCCUGGUGACUAUCGACAGGCUACGCAUGAAAGUUUCUCUGAUAUUGGAACGGACAUUCAUAUUCCCAUGACUUCAGAAUCUGAUUCCGUCGUGUCAGGCUGUGCGGAUGACGAAUAAUUAUUUAAGAUGUACUUGUUCAAGUUAGGGCGUCUGCAUCGGUGACACUUCCAUGUAUGUAGCUUUCAUUCACUUCAAAACAAAGUUGUAGAGCCGUUUUCUUCACUGUAGCCAAUGGAAUAUGAUGAAGAUCACCACCAGCCGCACCAAUCCUUGAAGAAAUCAGCCAGCCGCAUUAAGUUAGGGCAGGGGGUUCACCCAGUUUGAAUCAUAUACUAUGAUCAGAAUCCGGAAUCCGGACCAUGACCCUUUUGCUUAUCUACCACGAGGUCGGCGACUAGCAGAACCAUUGUCUUUCGAUGAUGGACUUAUAAUCCCAUUCAAAGCACAGAACAGGUGAAAAGAACUAUGUUUCGUUAAAUCUGUAUGAUGAUUUGAUUAUCUUAUCAAAUUAAGUCUAGUAUUAAG